UCCUCGCACGAUAUGACAAAUGCAGGGGACUGAUAUCAAACAUUCGGCACACUGAAUUCAACAAUCUGAAUCACCUCACAUCGAAUAUGUUUGUACCGAUCCAACAAAUUAUUCCCGAUCGAAAUAUUAAUUAUUAGCGAUUAAUUAGAAGCUAUUUUCUUAUUUAUCAGGAUAUCUACCUGAAACAUUGCGUGUAUAAAAAUAAUUUGACCGAACACGAUGGAAGGAUAGAUCCAAUAAAGCCUUCAGCAUGAAUAUCACGAUAUAAUGACAAUAAAAUCAUAUUUGAUUGAUCAAUUUGUUUAAUGGGGCCGAUGCUGAUCAAAUCAACUUGUCAACUCGGCCGUUAAAACGUCCAAUUCCCGGUCGGACAUCGAAUUCAAUUCCAUUCUCGAACCGCAAUCGCUGGAACAAUGUUCCAUCAGCUAGUGUUUUUGCUCGCCGCACUUUCAGGUGCAUUGAAUGCAUCGUCCGGCGGCAGGAGGGCCGCGUUUCUUUUCGAUUAUUUCGCCGGCAAGCCAUUCACGCUCACGAUGAAUGUCUGCUGGACACACAGUGAAAUUUCUAAUUUUCUCCAAGAAGACAUCCGCUCGCCGCAUCCCAUGCAGGUGGCGAUCUAUCGCAACAGCACCGCGCCGAAAUCGUUCAUGAAUCAUCUCGCUAGCAAUAACUAUUUCGUGCUGGACGGGCGCGAUGAGUGUUCGUCAACGUGGGACAUCAUGGAAUUCGUAAACAAUCUCAUCGCUUUUUAGCGAUUCAAUGCAGUAUGAUUGAUUGAUGAGUGUGUUUGUUGUUUUUUUUUUCUGUUUAUCUAUGCGCGCAGAUUAACGAGACUUUAGCGUUUCGCUUCCCGCUUAAGUUUCUGCUGCUCGUCGAUGAAGUGUUUGGUGAGAAAUUAGUCGAUGUGCUGAGUAAUUACUCGAUCUUGCCGAGCACCGACUUGAUGGUGGUCAAGGAAGCGCCGGAAGACGACGAUUUUGAAUUAUGGCAGCCGUACAAAAUUGAUAUGGAGCAUGCAAUUAUCUGGGAAAACUACGGUACGUGGAAUGAGACCUUCGGCGUUUAUAGCUACAUAAACAAAAGCGAGAUACAGACGCGCCGCCAUGAUUUCCAAGCGACGCCGAUGAAAGUCGCGUUUUAUAUUGAAUUCGAAGAGACCUGGAACCACUUGGAAGAUUUCAGACGUCCUAGGAUAGAUACAUUCACUAAACAGAAUUUUGGCGCCAUUAGAGCUCUGAUGGAGUAUUGUAAUAUAACCUUGAUUAUCGUCCCCGUGAAAAUUUGGGGAUAUUACAACCCGGAAACGCAAACAUGGAACGGAUUAAUCGAAAAAGUCCAUAAACGCGAAGUGGUCCUGGCGGGAUCAUCGCCGUACUUUACCGCUGAACGCUUUCAGGUCGUGGACUUUAUCAAGAUGCAGAAUCCGCUCGAAAUCAAGUUCAUUAUGAAAAAACCGCCGCUGAGCUACAUGUACAACUUAUACACGUUGCCGUUUCAGUCGAACGUGUGGAAAGCUUUGCUUAUCGUCGUCUUGUUGUUUUAUGCCGCAAUGUAUGUGAUCAUGAACUGGGAAACGAGAAAAAUUCAACCGAUAGCAUGCAGGGCAACCUUUACGCCAAGUGAUGUGUCGUUAAUCAUGUGUGAGGCUGUCUGCCAACAAGGCAAUACGCUUGAAUCCAACACUGUGACCGGCCGCAUUUUGGAGUUUAUCAUGUACCUUGCCUUCUUUUUUCUGUAUUCGUCAUACUCGGCGUACAUUGUAGUCAUUCUACAAUCAACGUACACAGUUGCUGAUUACCAGGACUUGUAUGAUAGUAGUAUGGGCGCAGGUGGAAUGGAAACAACUUACAUGCGGGUUUAUCUUGCGGGAUCGAAAAACCUCUUGCAACAGAAGCUUUACAAUAAAAAAAUUGGUCCCAAUGGGUUUUAUGCGCUAGAGGACGGGAUUCAACGCGUAAAAAAUGGUUUCUUUGCAUUUCACGCGGAGGUGGCCGCUAGUUACAACUACAUCGCAAAGACCUACACGGAUUCGGACAUUUGUAAUCUCCAAAUCAUGGACGGUUACUCAUCGUACAUGAAAGGCUACACGCACACGCCGAAGAACUCGCCCUAUAAAGAAAUCUUCAAGGUGGCCCUGCUGAAAAUCGACGAGUAUGGCAUCCAGAAACGAAAUUACCUGCGCUACGCCGACCAGCCGAAGUGUCAUGGCGGCGGCGGGUCCUUCGACAGCGUUGGCAUCCGAGACAUGUACAAUGCGUUGUUAAUUCUUGCGGCUGGCAUCGGUGUCGCCGUCUGCCUGCUGAUUCUAGAAUGUAUUUAUUUUCACGUCCGGAAGCGCACCAAAGUGCAGCCUCGGCGGCCGGUGCAUCAUAACCAGGAACGUGAAAAGCGCGAAAAGCUGCGAAAUUGGUAG